CCGAUCCAGCCAGACGGCCAGACCCGACGCAUCGGAGCAGCCGAGCAGGAGCCGCCCCAAUCGCGCCCCCAUCUCCGGUCCCAAUUCCGGUCGCCGUCUCAGCUCCCGGCCUCUUCGUAGCAAGCUUCCGAACCAGAUUUCAGUCGGGAGACAAACGGACGGCCCUUCAUCGCGCCGACCCGAUGGACGGCGAGCUCACCACAUCGCCGGCGAGCGAGGUGCCGUUCCGCAUCAGCUUCUCCGGCCACGGCGGCCACCUCCGGCUCGACCCUACCUCCCACCCGCCCAACCCUGUACCCGACUUCGUCCUGCCGCCGGCCUACCCACCGGAGAGCCCGAACAGCGUGAAGGAGUACCUCGAGACCAACUACCUCAACCCUGAGCUGUACCUCCCCAGCGCGGCGGAUGACGCGAGGGUGUGGGAUGUGGACUGGUUUGGCAUGGCCAGGCCACCUCUGGAGCCCUCUGCCCCGCGCACCAUGCUCGUCCCCGCCUGGGAGCCCCCUUUCCGCCGACGACCAUCAUUGUCGCCGUCACAGGAGCCACAAGUUUGGGACCCUGAAUCUGUACAGUUGGAGAUGGCCCAAGUGUUUGAUUCAGGGACCGGAGGGAUGGUGGCACGGAUGCCUGGUCCACCGAAGGACUUUGUGAGGGGGAGAGUGAACAGUCGACCGUUCCGUCCGGGGGGCAUGCAUGACGACACGGCUGAGGCGGCAGUGUUGGAGAAGGCAUUUCCGGAGGGUGCGCGAAAUGGUGAUUGGGUGCGUGAGCUUAUGAGUGGUGGCCCGGCACAAAUUGCUCCACCGGGGUUUGGCACGGGCUUGGACUUGGGCCGGUUGAAGGAGUAUAACAGUCACUGGAAGUGUUUCCGAGAUGGGGAGCAGGUGGAGGAGCAACCCGCGUCUUCAUCAAACUACACGAUGGAUAAGUACUCAGUGCAGUUUGAUGAUCUGUUCAAGAUAGCUUGGGAGGAAGAUGCUGUCAACAAUGUUUUCACGGAAGAUGAUGUUCAGCAAUUGGUUAGAGAUGAGGGGUCCUAUGAAAUCGAUGAACGGAAAGUUGAUACACUGCAAGGUGCUUCUGCAACUCUUACAAGGCCAGACACUGACAAACAGGAAUUUGAUGUCAUAGGAGAUGUUUCUGAAGCCCAAACAGACUUGGAUAAAAUGUUAUCAUCUGAAGUACAAGAUACUCACAGAGAAUUGAGUGGAUCAGUUGAUGAUAAGCCAGCACAGGAGGGCAUGGUUUGGGCGCUUGCUGGUGGUGAUGAGGACAUUGCGACUAACUUCCACAGAUUUGUUCCAGAUAUGGCGAUAGAAUUUCCCUUUGAAUUAGAUAAGUUCCAGAAGGAGGCUAUAUAUUAUCUUGAGAAGGGGGAAUCAGUCUUUGUGGCAGCGCAUACAUCAGCAGGAAAGACAGUUGUUGCAGAGUAUGCCUUUGCUUUAGCAACAAAACAUUGCACCAGGGCUGUCUAUACUGCUCCAAUUAAAACUAUCAGCAACCAGAAAUACCGAGAUUUCUGUGGGAAGUUUGAUGUGGGACUUCUUACCGGGGACGUCAGCAUCAGACCAGAGGCGACUUGCUUAAUUAUGACAACAGAAAUAUUACGUUCAAUGCUGUACAGAGGUGCUGAUAUUAUAAGGGAUAUUGAAUGGGUAAUUUUUGAUGAAGUACAUUAUGUCAAUGAUGCAGAGAGAGGUGUAGUUUGGGAGGAAGUUAUUAUAAUGCUCCCGAAGCAUAUUAACAUUGUCCUCCUUUCAGCAACGGUUCCAAACGCGGUUGAAUUUGCUGAAUGGAUUGGUCGAACAAAGCAGAAGAAAAUUCGUGUCACAUCGACAAACAAAAGGCCUGUUCCUCUGGAGCAUUGCCUGUUCUACUCUGGAGAAACAUACAAAGUAUGUGAGAAGGAUAUGUUUCUUACUCAAGGAUUUAGAGAAGCCAAGGAUACAUUCAAAAUGAAAAAUUCAAACAAGCUUGGAGUGAAACCUGGUUCAAAAUCAGGAACUCCUGCAACACGUCCUGGAACUCAAGGCAGAAACCCAGAUACAUCUAGUAGAGGGAAAGAUCAGAAGCACCCAAAGCACCACCAUACCAAUUCAGGAGCGGCAGCAAUUCAGCAAAGCUCCUCAGGGUCAAAGAGAUCGGAGUCUUCAUUCUGGAUGCCGCUUAUAAAUAACCUUCUGAAGAAAUCCCUUGUGCCUGUGGUAAUCUUCUGCUUCUCAAAGAACAGGUGUGAUAGAUCAGCAGAUAGCAUGUUUGGUGCUGACCUCACAAGUAAUUCUGACAAAAGUGAAAUCCGCGUCUUCUGUGACAAGGCUUUUUCACGCCUUAAAGGAUCUGAUAGGAACCUUCCUCAGGUUGUGGGAAUACAAAGCCUUCUACGAAGAGGAAUUGGAGUUCACCAUGCUGGGCUUCUUCCUAUUGUGAAAGAAGUAGUUGAGAUGCUAUUUUGUCGUGGUGUGAUCAAGGUACUGUUUUCCACUGAGACAUUUGCAAUGGGUGUUAAUGCACCGGCAAGAACGGUUGUAUUUGAUUCUUUAAGGAAGUUCGACGGAAAGGAGCACCGGAAGUUACUUCCAGGGGAGUAUAUUCAAAUGGCUGGGCGAGCUGGCCGGAGAGGACUUGAUACCAUUGGUACAGUGAUGAUUAUGUGCCGUGAUGAAAUUCCUGAAGAAAGUGAUUUGAAAAAUUUGAUUGUUGGAAAACCAACUCGACUGGAAUCUCAAUUUCGACUGACAUACACCAUGAUACUACACCUUCUACGUGUUGAGGAACUUAAGGUGGAGGACAUGCUUAAGAGAAGUUUCGCAGAAUUCCAUGCACAAAAGAAAUUGCCUGAGAAGGAAGAACUGCUUCUGCAAAUGCUUCGUCAACCUACAAAGACAAUCGAGUGCAUAAAAGGAGAGCCUUCUAUUGAAGAAUAUUACGAUAUGUUCUUAGAAGCGGAAAAACUCAGGGAAUAUAUUACAGAAGCGAUUAUGCAGUUGCCUGCUUCUCAGCAGUUCCUUGGGCCUGGAAGAUUGGUGGUUGUUGAAUCGAAAUCGGAUGAUGAUCACUUGCUUGGUGUAAUCGUGAAAAAUCCAUCUGGUUCCCUAAAGCAGUAUGUUGUUUUUGUACUGACCGGUGAGUGCACUUCAUCUGCACUAGCACCUAAUUUGUCCAAUCAAAAUGAUAAUGCACAAGGGGAAGUUCAACAAGGAUAUAUGGUUAUCCCACCAAAAGGAAAGCGUGGCAUGGACGAUGAAUUUUUUUCUGCUGGCAGCACAAGGAAAAGUUCAGGUGUUAUCAAGAUCAAGCUACCACACAAGGGAGACGCAUCUGGAAUGGGUUUUGAAGUAAGAGCUGUGGAGAAUAAAGAGAUUGUGAGUAUAUGUACCAGCAAAAUAAAGAUUGAUCAAUUUAGACUCCUUGAGGAACCUAGCAAAACAGUUUACUCUACAACUGUUCAACUGCUUAUUAAAGCACAGCCAGAUGGACAUAAGUACCCUCCUGCAUUGGAUCCAAUAAAAGAUCUAAAAAUGAAAGACAUGGAUCAAGUUCAGAAAUACCAUGCAUAUAACCGUCUGCUGGAGAAAAUGUCUGAAAACAAGUGCCAUGGUUGUAUUAAAUUAAAGGAGCAUAAAUCAUUGAUGAAGGAGCAGAAGGUGUACAAGACUCAGAUGGAUGAAUUGAAAUAUCAAAUGUCGGACGAAGCACUUCAGCAGAUGCCACAGUUUCAAGGCAGAAUUGAUGUACUAAAGGAGAUCCAGUACGUUGAUUCUGAUCUUGUUGUGCAACUUAAGGGCCGAGUAGCAUGUGAAAUGAACUCUGGCGAGGAGUUAAUAUCAACCGAAUGUUUGUUCGAGAAUCAGUUGGAUGAUCUAGAACCUGAAGAAGCUGUGGCUAUUAUGUCUGCAUUCGUGUUCCAACAGCGGAAUGCAUCAGAACCAUCUCUUACUCCAAAACUGGCUGAUGCCAAAAAGAGGCUCUAUGAUACAGCAAUCAGGUUAGGACAGCUCCAAAAACAUCAUGAGGUGCCUGUGGAUCCUGAGGAAUAUGCACGUGAUAAUCUCAAGUUUGGCCUUGUUGAGGUUGUCUACGAAUGGGCAAAGGGAACACCUUUUGCAGACAUCUGCGAGCUGACAGAUGUAUCUGAAGGGUUGAUUGUAAGAACAAUUGUGCGGCUGGAUGAAACAUGUAGGGAGUUCAGGAAUGCGGCUUCCAUAAUGGGGAACUCUGCACUGUUCAAAAAGAUGGAGAUUGCGUCCAAUGCUAUUAAGCGUGACAUCGUCUUCUCAGCGAGUUUGUAUGUCACAGGAAUAUGAUGCCUGCAAGCUUGUAGCCUGAAUCUGAUGAUGUUUUUAAGUAGAGAAAUCUCUGCUCUGGAUGUCUAAUUUCUUGGCACAAACAUUGUCUUGAAAAGCAAUUUACUUUAAAGGAUGUUGUUAACGAGGGUAGCAUCUGACUCCGUUGACACCCACCAGGGAAAAGGAGAACUGAACGGUGUCAGCAAAA